AAUAACCUAUUUGCAAUUUCUUUGUGCUAAGCUAUGACUUAUUAAAAAAAAAAGUGCUAAGCUAUGAUCAGUAUCGAAUUAUUAGAACCUUAAUUAGCGAUAAAGUCAACAACCCUAAGGCAUUUGGUAACCUUUGCUUAUAUUAGACAUAAAUUAGACUAUCACAUGCACAACUAAUCAAAACCCACCAUUGAAGCUUCCUGCAUUAACAUAUCCCCAAGUUUCAAUUGUACAAUGGUACCAUAAUAAUAUUAUUAUAAGAAGUUAUAGAAAAAGUCGGUGCAAAUUAAUCAUAUAUAGUCUCUACAUAAUUUUAUUUAAUUGACUAAGGAAAACUAAUAAUUAAUAGAGUAGAGAAGGAGCUCUUUAUAAGAUUGAAGAAGUACUGAACCUUGAAACUAUAUUCGGUUGAUCAUACAUAAACUUCUAACAACUCAAACUUUCUAGUAUUUUAUUUACAUUCAUCAACUUCAUUUUCUAAGAAAAUAGAAAAUGACAACGACCACAGAAAUGAGAGUACACAUGUGCUGCCCUGGAUGUGAAAGCAAGAUCAAGAAAACACUAGAUAAAAUGAAAGGAGUGGACGGAGUUGAAAUAGACAUGGCAAUGCAAAAAGUGAUAGUAAAUGGAAUAGCAGACCAAAAGAAAGUAUUGAAAGCAGUAAGAAGAACAGGGAGAAGAGCAGAACUAUGGCAAUUUCCAUACAACCCAGAGCUAAGGAGUUUCACUCAUCAAUACCCAACUCAAUGCCAAAGCAACGGGUCGAUUGGGUCGGGUUCAACAUCAUAUGGUAGUGGUACGCAGGCUCAACCAACCUCGUCUUACAACUACUUCAAGCAUGGGUAUGAUGGACAUGAAUACCAUGGCUAUAACCCUUCACUUUCUUCGUCAUUCGCGACUGGAAGAACCGGCGAUGCGUUUAGUGAUGAGAAUCCUAAUGGUUGUUUCAUAAUGUGAUACCAUGGAUAUUGACAUAGUACUGUAUGAUGAGUGCAUUUAGGCGCAUAGGGUCUAUGUAUUUGACAUGUACAAAGGAGGGCAAUCUAGGAUUCGGUGGUACAUUUUCUUUUUUUUUUUAAUGGUACAGUGGUACAUUUUUGUGUACUACUAUACAUGUAUAAUGUACCAUUAAAGUAUAAGUUUUUCGAGUAGUACUUUUUGUGUACUAUUAUGCAUGUAGUGGUACUUUUUACCAUCAUAUUUUCCAUCAUCAAGUUCCCGUUAUUUAUAAAAAUAUCAUCCUAUUUGAAUGCUAAAUACAUAUGGCCUAUGGGCCAAUACUUCUUCCUAUAUGUAUUAUACUACUAGCUACGUUCGUUUAAGUUGGUUACAUUUUUAUUUUAUUUUAUUUUUGUUUCAUCUAUCUUUCUAGUAGAAAGUCGUUUUUCUUACACAAACUCCACUUAUAACAUUUUUUUUUUUUUUGGGUAUUAAUAAAACCUCAUUUUAAUUCUAUACAUAAAAGAGUAAUUGUAGCUAAAUUAGAGGAUUGAAGUUGUGUAAACUACAAGUAUAUUUUCUCAUUUUAAUUAACUAGUCUGUACUCGUGCUAUGUAUUAACUGUCUAAAUUAUUCAUAAAGUAUUUAAUUGAUUUUAAAUCCAUUUUUCAUUGAUUGAAUGAUAAUCUAGCAUGUCUGUGCUCAAGCCGACAUUUUAAAAAUAAUAAUUUCAUCAACACAUCCGUGCUCACGGAUAAUAAUUAGCAUAUAUAAUGUUUUUAUU